AUGUCCUGGAAGCUCACCAAAAAACUCAAGGAGACGCAUCUGGCGCCCUUGACGAACUCCUUUGGCCGAUCUUCUUCCACCUCGACCAUCAAGGGCGAUUCAAAUGGCGCUGGUGAUGGUGCUGAGACACCCGUGGCCUCGCAACCCCCCAGUAUCGCCUCUACCCCGACUGCCUCGUCAAAUGGCAUCGCCGCGUCAGAGUGUCUUGUCUCUCCCCCAGUCAACCCUGUGCAGCCGGGCAUUCUGAUCGUUACCCUUCACGAGGGCAAAGGCUUCGCCCUGUCUCCUCAUUUCCAGCAGAUCUUCAACUCUCACUUCCAGAACAAUUCCUACGCACCCUCUUCAUUGCGUCCUAGCACUUCCUCCUCGUCACACUCCACCCAUCAAGCGGGCUCCUUUGUGCAGUCCGGUCGGCCCCAGUCCACCAGCGGGGGCAUCAACGCUGCCCCCACCACCCACGGCCGCUAUUCCACCAAAUACCUUCCCUACGCACUUCUCGAUUUUGAAAAGAACCAGGUUUUCGUUGACGCCGUCUCGGGUUCUCCCGAAAACCCCCUGUGGGCGGGUGACAGCACAGCUUUCAAGUUUGAUGUGUCUCGAAAGACCGAACUGAAUGUUCAGCUUUACCUCCGCAACCCUGCGGCCCGGCCUGGCGCUGGUCGCAGCGAGGAUAUCUUCUUGGGUGCGACCAAGGUGAACCCUCGUUUCGAGGAGGCUCAACCGUACGUUGAGGACCCCAAGCUGAGCAAGAAGGAUAACCAAAAGGCCGCCGCCGCUCAUGCGGAGCAAGAACGCCAGGCGGGUCAGCUAGGUGCCGAAUGGCUGGAUCUCCAGUUCGGUGGUGGCUCGAUCAAGAUUGGUGUUUCCUUCGUCAAGAACCGGCAGCGCAGCUUGAAGAUGGAGGACUUUGACUUGCUGAAGGUUGUAGGCAAGGGUAGUUUCGGCAAGGUCAUGCAGGUCAUAAAGAAGGAUACCGGUCGAAUCUACGCCCUCAAGACCAUCCGCAAGGCUCACAUUAUCUCGCGAUCCGAAGUCACACAUACCCUCGCGGAGCGAUCGGUGCUGGCGCAGAUCAACAACCCUUUCAUCGUCCCCUUGAAAUUCUCUUUCCAGUCGCCCGAAAAGUUAUAUUUCGUCCUGGCUUUCGUUAACGGCGGAGAGUUGUUCCACCACCUGCAAAAAGAGCAGCGAUUCGACAUCAAUCGUGCUCGAUUCUAUACCGCGGAGCUGUUGUGCGCACUUGAGUGUCUUCAUGGUUUCAAGGUCAUCUAUCGUGAUCUCAAGCCCGAGAACAUUCUCCUUGAUUAUACUGGUCACAUUGCUCUGUGCGAUUUCGGUCUUUGCAAGCUGGACAUGAAGGAUGAGGACCGAACAAAUACUUUCUGCGGAACUCCCGAGUAUCUUGCCCCCGAGCUGCUGCUCGGCAACGGAUAUACCAAGUCCGUGGAUUGGUGGACGCUGGGCGUCUUGCUCUAUGAGAUGCUGACUGGUUUACCACCAUUCUAUGACGAGAACACCAACGAGAUGUACCGCAAGAUCUUGCAGGAGCCUCUGACCUUCCCAAGUAGCGACAUUGUACCACCGGCCGCCAGGGAUCUUCUCACCCGUCUGCUGGACCGUGAUCCCCAGCGCCGUCUGGGUGCCAACGGUGCUGCUGAGAUCAAGUCGCACCACUUCUUCGCCAACAUUGACUGGCGCAAGCUUCUCCAGCGGAAGUACGAGCCCAGCUUCCGUCCCAACGUGCUGGAUGCUCGUGAUACAGACAACUUCGACCGCGAGUUCACCUCCGAGGCUCCACAGGACUCGUACGUUGACGGCCCCGCUCUGUCCCAAACCAUGCAGCAGCAGUUCGCCGGCUGGUCAUACAACCGACCGGUUGCUGGACUUGGUGAUGCAGGCGGCAGUGUCAAAGAUCCGUCGUUUGGCAGCAUCCCGGAGUAA